AUGGAUAGGCUGCAGAAGUGGGGAAUGCAGGUGGACCAGGAGUGUGUCUUGUGCAAGCAAGCCAAUAAAACUAUACAACACUUGUUCUUUGAAUGCACAUAUGCAAAGGCAUUAUGGAGCACACUGCUAACAUGGCAAGGAAUUAGAAGACCUAUAGCUGGCUGGGAUGAGGAACUACGUUGGGCUGAAAGAAAGACUAAAAGAAAUACAGCUGCUGCAGAAUUGUAUAAAAUGACAGUAGCAGCAACAAUAUACCAUGUUUGGCAAGAAAUGAAUACCAAAUUUUUUCAAGCAAAGGAGACAGGUUGGGAAGCAGUGAGUAAGAGAAUCAUUCAGGAGAUACAUUGUCGAAGUACCAAGCAUACAAUGGGAAUACUACAUAGAUUAGAUUGGUACCCAGUGUAA